AGCGACCGAGCUAACGAGACUACUAGCGACGAGGGCAGAUCGCGUCUCUGCUCCACCCGCUCCUCUCCACAGACACAGUCAGCUCGGGAGCCGAAGAACUUAUAAAGUUGAGGCUCUAAUAAAGUUGAAGACUAGCUUGUUCUCGUCAAUGCCGCUAGCUUGUUCUCGUCAAUGCCUCUAGCUUGUUCUCGUCAAUGCCGCUAGCUUGUUGUCGUCAAUGCCGCUAGCUUGUUCUCGUCAAUGCUGCUAGCUUGUUGUUAGCAUUAGCAACCCUCACGCGUCCAACUUCACCGGUGUAACUUGGCGUCGGUGAACAACACUUCGUGACAGCUGAGCGCGCACAGGCUCACACGAGAGGCUGCUUGAGUUGAGUGCCGUAACAAUGGAUCUAGACGACGACACCAGUGUGUUGUCAACCUUGAAGUCCUUCAAUUCCUUCAUCAGCCUCCCUGAACACCCGCAGAGGCCGUCGGACCACUCGGCGACGGGGAGCGGGAUCCUGCACAAUCAAUACAAGCGCAGCAUGGAGCUUUUGGAAGCGGCGGAGAAGGUUCAAUCGAAGAACCGCUACCUCCAGUUGGACCAGGAGAAGAAGCGGAUGGAGAUGAGUCACAAGCGAGCUCGGUUUGAACUCGAGAGGGCUGUGUCUGACAACGCACGAGACCUGGAGCACGAGGUUGACCGGAACCAGGAUCUCGUGGGACGGAUAAAAAAGUUGGAGGGAAGAGAGACCGAUGCUGCUAAGAACCUAUGUGAACAGGUGGAGGCCAGUCGUGCUCUCCGCAAGAACCUGGAUGGCCUGAACAAGAAAAUUGAUGAGCGGGAUUCUAGACUUAACACUGCUAAUCAGACCAUCAGUUCGAUGAAGGAUGAGAUCAGAGAGCUGAAGCAGCAGAUGCAAAACAAAGACUCGACAAUCUCUGCUCAAACCCUGGAGAACCAGGAGCUGCAGGAACAGCUUGAUUUACAGCGCAGGAAGUAUCAGGAAGUCUCUCAGCUUUGCCAAAGUCUCCAAGCUGCCGAGUCCUCCUGCUCAGAGCACGUCAUCAAGAUAAAGGAGUUGGAGAGGCGUCUGGCCUUCCAGGAGGAAGACAUCGCGAUUGUGAAGACUGUCAAGUUGGAGGUGGCCAGGCUUCCAGAUCUGGAGAAGGAGUUGAAGCGCCUCAGAGAUGAUAACGCCUUUCUAAGGGAGAGCAGAGAGAAUUGCAGCCUGCUGAAAGAAGAGGUGGAGGGGCUGAGGAGGAAGCUGGAAAGGAUGGAGAAAACCAAGGAAGAGCUUGUCAACAUGGAACUGGAGAAAGAGCGACUCGCCGAGAAGCUUAAAGCAUGGGAAAACCUGGGGCAAUCUACUGGUCUCAACAUAAGGAAGCCAGAUGAUCUGUCCAGGGAGGUGAUUCAGAUCCAGCAGAGAGAAAUUGCUCUGAAAGAGCAGAACUACUCUCUCAACAGCCGUGUGAGGAGUGUGGAGCGCUCACAGGCGGAGCUCCGUGCAGAGCUGUCCCAGCAGCGCAGCAGGACUAUGGAGGAGCAGAAGAAGAGGGAGGCCCAGGACGCUCUCGUCCGUCGACUGCAGAAGAGAAUACUGUUACUGACAAAGGAACGUGAUGGAAUGCGGGCUAUACUGGAGUCUUACGACAGCGAGCUGGCACCUACGGAGUAUUCUCCUCAACUCAGCAAGCGGCUCAGGGAGGCAGAGGACAUACUGCAGAAGACGCAGAACCACAAUGCAGAGAUGGAGACCCAGCUGACCAAAGCGCAGGAGGAGACGGGGACACUCAAGCUGCAGCUACAUACAGUGGAGAUGGAGCUGGAGCGUCUGAAGAAGCAGCAGGCCUCUGUUGCCGACAGCAGCUCUCUAACGACCAAAGAAGAGGUCGGCAUACUCAGACAAAAAAUUGAAGAUUUGGAGGCUGAGCGGCAGCGUCUGGAGGAGCAGAACAACAUUCUGGAGAUGAGACUGGAGAGACACAACCUGCAGGGAGACUACGAUCCAGUCAAAACCAGAGUUCUUCACCUCAAAAUGAACCCCACCUCUGUUGCCAAGCAACAGCGCCAGCAGGAAGUGGAUGCUCUUCGGGAGGAAGUGACACAUCUCAGGGAACUGGUGCGCUCGCUGCAGGAUGGAGGCGCUCUGGUCCAUUCUCAAGAUGAGUCCAGUUUGCACGGCUCCAGCCUCGGCCUCAGUUUGCCGCCAUCAAAGGAGGUGCUGGAUUUACGUAAGCAGAUGGAGAGCUCGGAGCUCAGGAACCAGAGGCUGAAGGAGGUGUUUCAGAGAAAAAUCCAAGAGUUCCGCACCGUCUGCUACGUCCUGACCGGCUACCAGAUAGAUAUCACCACCGAGAACCAAUACAGGCUCGCCUCGGUGUACGCAGAGCACAUGGACGACUCCUUGCUCUUCAAAAAGGGCUCCAGUGGAAGCAUGCAGCUCAUGGAAACCGAGUUCUCCAAAACUCUGGGAGAGAUGGUGGCCCUUCAUCUGCAUCACCAGAAGAGCAUCCCAGCGUUCCUCUCUGCAGUGACCCUCGACCUCUUCAGCAGACAGACCACCCUCUGAAGUAAUCUGACACCACCUCAAACACGGGGCUGGGACAUCUAUGAUCGGGAUUAGUUGCGAUCUUCUCAUGUUCUAGAUUUUGUUUUGCUGUCUUUGUUGCCUUUUUUCCCAGUCUCAUCAGAUAUUCACAAAGUAUUUCUUAACAGCUCUGGCGUUUGAAUACUUCACUCAGGUCUGUGUUGAGAAGGAAGAUAUUCACCUUGCUUGAUGGAAAACGUCCAUCUUGCAUUUACAGGGCUAAGAAAGCAUCUUGGUAUCACUAUAUAGUAUAUACAUAUACUUUUUGAAUCUUUUUGAAAUGCAUUCCUUAAAAAAGACAAAAUUGUCGUAAAAAUGACAACUUUGAAAAAUCCACUGAUAUGUGUAUAUGGAGUAUGGUUUAUAGAGGGAGUUGGAUAUACACUUCCCGCCGAGAUUAAUACACACUGUGUGGAGCAAAAGAAACAUUAUUGCGGUCUACUGGAUCUGCAGUAGAUUUGUUUUGCCUGGUCUUUACCAAGGCUGAGUCUUUGUUGAGUCUUUUUUUUUUUUUUUUUUAUACUGCCUUUUAUGUCCUCUCCCUGGGAGCUCAUAGAAAAGGUUCUACACAGAUUUUCUAGUCUAAACCAGUCUAAAGAACUCCAUGAACGCGAGAUCAGCAGCAGGGCUGCAACUAACGAUUAUUUUCAUUACUUUUUUAGAAAAUGUUCUAGUGAACCUGUGUGAUGAUACAGAAAGAAAAAAUUCUCAGCGAGCGAGUGGACAUUUGAACUAAAACACAGAUUCCCGCAGCGUAAUUAUCGACAUGUCCUGCCUCCUGAAUGUUCUACCCAGAUGUCACAGAAUGUUCCGUGAAUGUUCCCGUUGGUUUGAGCGCGUCGGACUUGGACAAUCUCCUGCUGCGUUCCUCAUACGUGAAAGGCAAACUCCUGAAAAUUUUCGCACACAAUUUUAAGAAGUUAAAGAAUUCGGAGUGAUAAGGUUAUGUGGGUUGGUCUGAUCUGAUUCCAACAAAUGAUGACAUGUUAGUUCUCUCAGGAAAACGAGGGCAGAGAAAGAACAAUAUGACACAACAACGGCCGAUGCUGUUGCUGUUGUGCUCUCAAACAUGAAGCCACUGGCCUCAGUCCUCAUCUUUUAAACUCUCCUGUAUGUGUUUUUUAUUCUAGGGUUUUACACAGUAUACACUGUUGUUUUUCCACCUGCUCAGUAGCCUUAUAAAAAGGUUACUAGAUAUCGGUGUGUCUAUGAACUAAGGACAGGACAAAGAAAGUGCACACAUGGAAAACACAGAGGAUGCUUUAAUGUUUAAAUUAAGAUAUUUGUCGAAACUCUUUACAAUUCACUGGAAAAUGAUUUAAAGGAAUUGAGGUAAGUAUUUGGACAUGAAUUUCAUCAUGAACUACAAACAAUAACUGUUCUGAAUUUAGUUAAUGAUCAUGCCUGUGAGUAUUCGUGUGAGUACAAGCAUGAGACAAGUCGAGGUGAAUUUUCUUGGCAGCAAUAAAGAGAAUUGGCAGAAAUAAAGAUUGGGGGGAGGUUGAAGAAGGAAGCAAGGGAGCAAUCCAAUAAAAUUGUGAAACCAAAGGAAGUGAACUCAGAAUAAAGCCACUUAUCAUAGCAACAAUAUAAGAGCUCCAGCUGGUGCAACCAUAUGUCUCCAUGAGAAAACACAUCCUCCUGUACAGUACAUGCCACAUAAUGCCCUGGUUUUUCUUGUUAUUAUUUUUUUCUUCACCUUGACAUCAUGGCUCAUCUCCUGCACACCGGGCAGCUCUCUCACCUACGUGUCAUAUGUUAGAGGGUUGAAGAUGAGCUGUGCAGCACAUGCAGUUGUGUCACAUGCAAUUUUCUCCUUCAGCCCUGUGAGAUGCACCUUGGCUUUAUGAUACCAGUUUAAUCUGCUGUGUCCUCUCUUUUUUGAGGGAGUUUUAAAGUUGGAAUGCAAAUGGUUAUCAAUAAAGCAUAUGUCUUGACUGGC